AUGGACUCGGAUGAGAUAGUAUCAACGAGUUCCGAAGAGGAGGACCUUUUUGAUGUUUUCAAUUUGCGAAAGUCACCCGUGAAACUACAGAAAACGUAUUCACGAUCAACGCGACGCAAUGAAGAAUCAAGCACCAAUAAUCUGUAUCUGUAUAAGAACAAUCGAGGAAAUCUCACAUCUGACGAUUCACCAUCAUCAAAGAGGAAAAGAACAUCUCAGGUAAGAAGACCGCGUCAGAAACGAUAUUACAACAAAACAAAGCUGGAUGACGAGGAUGACGAUGAUCUACUCGAUAUUCAAGUACCACCAAUCUUCAAGGAUGCUGUUAAGAGUCAAAAGGUGUAUGAGCAACACCAACAGGUGAAGAAACGGAUAGCUGAUCGUGAAAGAUUAGAAGAGUCACGCUUACAACAAAGGGAAACGCGUUUGAUACGACUAAUGGAAGAAUUGAACCAUGACGAAGAAAAUAGGUAUGACUUGGAACAAGAUAGAAGUUACUUGGAGAAAUUGCUUGCCAAGGAUGAAAAGGCUUUGGAUGGAUAUGGGAUACCGCGUCAUUUUUACAGCUUGAGGAAUACGCAAUUUGAUGAAAAUCUAUUACCGAAUCACAUUUUGAAUAAGGAGAUUAGUCAAUCACUACAAUUUUUGAUAGCCAGAGAUCUCCUCGCUGCUUAUGCGAAAGUGAAAACAGAAUUCAAGUUGUUCUUUUUAAAAGGUUUAUGUCUGACAAAUCCUAGGUUUUUGCAAAAUUUAUGCCUUAUGGUUUUACUACAUAAGGAUCCUAUUUUCAAUAAAGAGGAGUUCGAAGAUUUACUUUUGAAAAUAGGAUUGGAUCCUGAAUUGUUACACAACGAAGAAAAAGCAUUUUUGAAGGUGGAGAGAAAGAAACCCGUGUUGAACCUACAAUUGGAAAGGUUGAAUGUGCUAUUUACUGCGUAUCUUCGUGGUUCAACUGAAGUGGAUUUUGCAAAAGUAACCAGGUAUUUUUUGCUAGUUGUGUCUGACUACAAUGCCAACAAACACGAGUUGCAAACAUUAACUCUAUUUGUUCAAGGUGUGUUUCCGCUACUAUGUGCUAAAAUUGAAAACGUCCAGGACCUUGUCUCUCAAAUUUUGAAUGUCAUGUUUGAAAUAGAAACCAGCCUACCUAAUCAAAGUGAUAAGGAGAAGAUCAAGAAAAUGGACUUGGAAUUGCAUUACAACAUCAUCAAACUAAUCAAUGUGAUAUGCGGUGGGGAUGAAAAAAUUAGGUCUGUGGUUGAUGAAUUGAAUUUACAGUACUUGCUCGGAAGUGAUUACCGUAACGAUGUCCACAGGUUCACCAAACAAAACAUAGUCUACCAUAUUGCCAACAAGAUCAUUAUUGAAGACAAUGUCAAGGAUCUUCUCGAAUUGAAUGAUUUACCAACAGCAAAUAAGAUGUAUUCGUUUUACUACAAGGUCAAGAUUCUACCAUUUGUUUUGGUCAACCCAUUCGAUUUCACACUUGAUCGGGAGAAAAAUAUCAAAAUACUUCGCUCAAUUAAAAGCUCUGUCGACAGAAUACUACAAAGUUGUUAUGGAUUGAUACGAGAUUUGGGAUCAAUAAAUGUUGAAAUCGUAAUGACUAGCUUGCAAACUGGUGUUGAUAAAUUUAGUUUCAAUCGAGAAGAGAUGGUGAGAUUUUUAACUGAUUUACAUCAGGAUUUAAGUUUACAAUGUGAUAAGUUGGAAAAUGAUUUGAAGUUGGUUAAUCAGGAUUUCUUUUAUGGGUGA